UUAGGAAUCAUUGAGAUAGUGCAUCCUUUUCCACGGCAGCUCUACUCAUCUUCAAAAUUUGGGAGAACGUGCAAUCUAGUCUCACAACGAUAUAUAACAGGGAAGGAAAUAUUUCCUUUCACUGAAUUUGUACAAGAUGUUUCCUGAAUCCUGGCUGACGACUCUUCAAAAUGCGCAGAAAACUGCAAUUAUUCAAGAUGGUAAAAGAAAAGUUCAUUACUUGUUGCAAAAUAAACAAGAAAUGGUUGAAGAAUAUAAUAUAGAUACAAAUGUAGUAGUACGGAGAGCAUGGAGGAGAAGAAAUAACUUUGGGAAAGUAAAUGGUUGGUCCAUUGAAAUUGGAGAGCCUGAUGUUAUAGAACAGAAUGAAGCAUAUGAAAUACGAGAAAGUUCAAAUACGCCAGUUGUUGUAAGAAGGAUAACAAAACAUUCACUAGAAUGGCGGAUUAGAAAUUUAUCAUAUCCUAAAGAUGUAUAUUCUGUUACUGCAGAAGAAGAUGGCACAAUAACUGUGCGUACAAGCAACAAAAAAUACUUCAAGAAGUUAGAGGUUCCAGAUCUCAAACGGAUUGGAUUAAAACCAGAACAAGAUAAUAUAACGUUCAAGCAUUACUUGAAUACUUUAAUUAUAAUGUACAAGAAGCCUGCUAAACUUCUCGACGUGGAAAAUUUAAUAUUAGCAGAUGUUUUGAAGUUGAGAACAACAACUGAAAAUGAUCAAAUGCAAUGUCCAGUAAGUUAACAAAAAGAAGUUAAUAAGAAGAAAGAUAUUGCUAGAUUCUAUUUUGACUAAGCGUAUACUUGAAUUAUUUAUUAUUAAUUAUUAUA